AUGUCUUUGGAUAUUACAGCCUUCCACAAUGUCAUCAACAAUGAGUUGAUCAGCAGCUCGCACACCCGUCACAGCCUCAACCCUGCAAACCGUCAACCUAAUCCUGAAGUCCCCGUCUCCACAAAAGAAGAUCUCGAUCAAGCCGUCGAUGCUGCUCGCCAAGCUUUCCGAAAAUGGUCUAAGACCUCAUUUGAUGAGCGCCGCACAAUCCUCAGCGCCUUUGCUGACAAAAUUGAAGCAAAUAAGGAGGCACUGGCACAGCUUUUAACGCAGGAACAAGGAAAGGCGCUCAGUCAAUCCGCUGUAGAGGUUGGAAUGGCUGUCCAGUGGGCUCGAGUCCUACCCACAAUUGAGAUUCCUGAGACGGUCAUUGAAGACACAGAAGAACAACAGAUCAUUCAGCGGUACACUCCCGUUGGUGUCUGUGGGGCUAUCGUGCCAUGGGAUUUCCCUGUCUUGCUAGCUGUUGGCAAGAUCGUGCCUGCUGUGUACACAGGUAAUACUGUGAUUAUUAAACCUUCCCCAUUUACGCCGUACUGCGUCCUGAAACUCGCUGAGUUGGCAGCGCAAUGCUUCGCACCAGGCGUGGUCCAGGCAUUAAGUGGGGAUGAUGAGCUGGGCCCUAUGAUUACAGAGCACCCAGGGAUUGAUAAGAUCAGUUUCACUGGCUCAAUCCGCACAGGGAAGCUUGUUAUGAAGAGUUGCGCAAAGAACCUGAAGCGGGUUACUCUGGAGUUAGGCGGGAAUGACCCAGCCAUCAUCUGCGACGAUGUCAAUAUCGACGCGGUCAUUCCAAAGAUUGGGUUUCUCUCCUUCCUCUGCUCAAGCCAGAUCUGUAUGGUGAUUAAGCGGCUGUACGUCCAUGAAAAGAUCUAUGAUGAGUUCCGGGAGAAACUUGUGGCCUUCGUGCAAUCCCUCAAGGUUGGCGACGGCACCCAGCCAGAUGUCUUUAUCGGCCCAGUCCAGAACAGCAUGCAGUACGACAAGGCCAAGGAUCUCUUCAAAAGCACGGAACGUCUCAAGACAGCCCUUGGCGGAAAUAUUGAUGAAUCAGCAGGCUACUUCAUCCAUCCAGCCAUUAUUGAUAAUCCUCCUGAAUCUUCGCGGGUCGUGCAAGAAGAGCCCUUUGCGCCGAUUUUGCCUAUGCUCAAGUGGUCAGAUGAGGAAGAUGUCAUUACGCGGGCAAAUGCUACUGAGACAGGGCUUGGGUCAUCAGUAUGGAGCAAGGACAUGACGCGAGCUCGUCGAAUAGCCAACCAGCUUGAUUCAGGCAGCGUGUGGAUUAACUCACACUUUGAUGUGGCGCCUAAGGUGCCUUUUGGAGGACAUAAAGCCAGCGGAAUUGGUACGGAAUGGGGGUUGAAUGGUUUGACGGCAUACUGUAACUCACAGAGCUUGUGGGUCAAGCCUAGUUCUUGA